AUGCAGUCCAUGAGAAUCGCCCCAGCCGCCGGCCACACAAGCACACACUCGCACCUCUCGGCCCACAGCCUCGGCGCGCCCUCCGCCCCGGGCAUCCACGACACCCUACGCGCCGGCGUCGGUCCCUCUCUGACGGCCAACAUCACCAGCAGCAGCUCCGGCAGCUCCCCCUCCAGCAUCCCGGACUCAGCCCACCCGCUCGAGAUGCGCCUGAAGAAGUGGGAGGCGACGCAGGAGGCGCUGAAGCUGGAAGGUCUACGCCGCACCUUCGGCGUCGCGGAGCCCAUCCGCCGCGGCAUGGAGCUGAAGAUCACGCGCGACGGUGAGUGGCGACCAGCGUGCCUGGGAGGCGGCCUGGAGAGGGGCGUGCACGAGGAUAUCCUGAGGGGGAUGGAUUGCGAUAUUAGCUGGGAGGACGUGUUCAAGGGGGAUGAGUUGAGGGGUGUGCUGGGCUUUCAUGAUGAGGUUGAGAGGAAGUUGGCGUUGUGGAUUCGCCAUGGAGCAGAUUCAAACAUGGGCUUUGCAAUCAGACCUCGUCCGGUGGAACCGCUGUUUUUUAAUCGCAGAAGUGAACAGCGACUAAAUUCUCUCGAGGGUCUCGUAGAGAACCCAAACCAACAACUCAUUACAUAA